AUGGCUGAACCUUUCGUGUCGUUUAUUUCACUCCUGCUCAAGACGCAGCCGGACUAUGCUCUUGCUCAUCCUCGGCAGAAACCUUUCAAUGACACAUUACGUCAAGCUAUGCGGAAAAGAAUUACUGUUAUCUUACAACGGAGUCGCCCUACCCCGACGACCGACACUCCAAGACUCCAAAGGUUUCCCUCUAUAUACACAGACUAUCUAGAGUCUAAACUUAUGAACUCGGCCAACUCAGAGGAGGAGUACUCGAAUCCACGUGAUCUUGAAGUUCGCAUACAUUAUCUUGAGAAGGAAGUUAAAGAACUAUGGUACCGUCUCCGUCAUAUCUCAGAUAGACUCAGCGCGCUUCCGGACACUUUGAUAACUCAGAUACUCUUAUACCUUCCUACCAAAGAUUCCAUCAAGACAAACUUUUUAUCGAAGAGAUUUAAAGAUCUAUGGCUUCAGGUCCCAGGACUAGAGAUGCACUCCCAUGAACUCGCCGCCAUACAGAACUUCAUCGCCACGUUUCUCCAGAUCAACCGUGGCUCGCGUCUGCAGAAGUUCAAGAUAACGUACAACGGGCGAGAUGUUUGUCACCAUGGGAGCAGUGAGUUCAUCGCCGGAGUGAUUAACCGUGGAGUUCAACAACUAGACGUUGGCAGUAGCACACUCAAGCGUCCUCUCACCAACGAUCUCGUACCUGUUAACAUUUACAAGAGCAACACUUUGGUUUCUCUCAAGCUUGCAAACGUGGGAAUGCAGAAUCCUCCUGAGUUUGGUGUUUCUCUGCCUUGUCUCAAGACCGUGCAUCUCGAAGACAUUACCACCAAGGAUCCUUUGAUCGUAGAGAAGCUCAUCUCUGGCUGUCCUGUCCUUGAAGAUCUGACGGUUUUUAGGGCUUUUGAUGACAAUGUACCGGUUCUGCGUGUGAUAUCUCUCAGUCUGAAGAGGUUUUGUGUGAAAUUUAGUCGUGCCAGAACAAUUCAUGGUAAAGAGUAUGCUGUUGAGGUUGAUGCUCCGGGUCUCAAGUAUCUGAACUUCAGAGAUAAUCUAUCUGAUAAAGUUGUGGUGAAGAAUAUGAGUUCCUUGUUCAAGAUCGACAUUGAUACACAGUUCAGUUUUGGCAUUAGCACUACUAUUACCGGGCAGAUGAAGCAAGCUAUUAUCUGUGAUUUUCUCAAGGGUGUUUCUGGUGUAAGACAUAUGAUCAUCUCUCAGCCUACACUCGAGAUCCUUUAUGCUUGGAUGAAUAAUGGAGCGUUCACCAAAUUUCGCAACUUAACUCGCUUAGAGGCUUCGUUCUGCACCGUCUUAUUACAAAGGUUGCCACAUUUUCUUGAAGGUUGCCCGAAGCUGAAACACCUCACAUUGUACUUGCUUUAUUUGAAGGACUUAGAACCAGAGAACCUUGAGCUUACCGUUGUGCCUCAGUGCUUACUAUGUACGCUUGAGUGUGUUGAGGUUAAAGAAGUGGCCACGGUGGAGAAAGCUGGGAAGAAAAGAGCGAGGUACAUCAAGAAAACCAAAGUAUCGAAACACAAGAAGAAGAUUUGGAUUGAACUAGUGAGGUAUAUUCUUGAGAACUCGUUAGUCCUCAAGAAACUCGUUUUGUGUUUCUCUUCUGCGACCAAUAGCGUCUUAGAGAUCUCGGAGGCGCUUCCUACGUUCACAAUACGUUCUCCCGGAUGUGAAAUCAUCAACCAUCUGACAUCUCUUUGAAGAUCUUUUUAGGAAGGAAUAAUCUCU